AUGGCCCGUUACACGUUCAAGUGGGCGAACCCCACUGCUGACACGUCCGACGUCCUCGUCACGGGCUCCUUUGACGGGUGGACGAAGUCGGUCAAGCUGGACCAGGAGGCGGGCGUCUUCCUCAAGACUGUCGAGAUUCCGGAGGAACAUGCCUCGAGCAAAAUCUACUACAAGUUCGUCGUCGAUAACAACUGGACCAUUGACGAGUCCUUACCACACGAGCCAGAUCACGAGGGCAACGUCAACAACUUCUUGACCCCCGACCAUCUCGUCUUGCCAACAUUGUCUGCGCCAGCUGAAUUAACCGCAGAAGCUCCCUUCCUCAACACCGUCUCUCCUGACUCCACCACCGUCGUCGAAAUGGCCAAGAACAAGAAGAAGGGCAAGGCCGCCAACAAGCAGCCCGCCGCCGUCGGCUCUGUGGCUGCCGUGCCUGAGACCCCGGAACCGAUGGCAACCCCCUGCGAUGUUCCAGGUGGCUUCCCCGUGACUCCGGCCGCUGAGGAUGCCGACCUGCAGGACAAGACUGUCAGCAUCAGCCCUCUCCCCGCCACUGCCGGCAUCGGCAACCCCAUCAAGCUCGCCCCCGGUGAAAAGAUUCCCGAUUCCAUCACCUCCCAAGACAUUCAUCAACAUGUCAAACUGGACAAGGAAUCCUACGACCAGAGCGACGCGUUGCCCACCGCCCCCGUGCUGAGCACCGACCUCCCCCCAGUAUCCGGCACCAUGAUCCCCGAGUCUAGCCUGCCCAUGGGCGACCAGAGUGACGUCAACAACCCCGUAAUCAGCUCCGUCGGUCCCGACGCCACCACCAUUGCCCUCGCUGGCCAGGUCCCUCUGGAACCCAAGGUGCCCGUGGUCGUCAGGGAGAGCCAGGAGAAGGCUGGUGUACCGCCCGAGGCCUCUGCUGUCGCGGGAACCGUUCAGGACAAGGCCAAGGUUGAGGAAGAGAUCAAGGCCAAGGUGCCCGAAGCUCCAGCUGCAUCCGCGGGGACGGACAAGGGGGAGAACGCCGGCACCAUUCUCGCCACCGCCGCGGCGGCUGGCAGCGCCGCCGUUGCCGCCGCCGUUGCCGCCGUCACCAAGCUUUCCGAGGAUGCCACGCCCGUCGUCAACAAUGCCAUAAGCGCCACUACUGAAACCAUCAGCAAGACCCUGCCCGAGUCUGUCCUGAGCAGCCUUCCUGUCUCGGCGCAAGAGGCCCUCGCAGCCGGCAAGGACAGCCCCCUUGACGACGUCUCCCCUGAAGUUCCCGAGAAAGUCAAGGACUCAAUCGCCGAAGCCGGCGGGAGCCCCGAAGCAGCCGCCAGUACAUCCGCUGUCCAAGAGAAGAAGGCGGUAGAGGCCGAGCUUCUGAAGGAGGUUGAGAAGAAGCCUGCUGCUGACGAGUCUUCCAAACCCGCCGGCGACUUGGCUCCCGAGACCACUGCUGCCACGGCUGCCGCCGCUGCCGUGCCCUCGCCCGCCGAGGCUCAGCCAUUCGAAGCAAAGCCAUUUCCCGUCAAGAUUGAGCCUACUGGUCCUUCUGUCGAGGCUCCCACCGUUGCGACCCCCGCCGUCAACGGCAACGGCAACGGCAACGGGGUCGAGGCCAAGGCCACGGAGCCUGCGGCUGCCAACGGCACCUCGUCCGACUCCAAGCCAGCUGAUUCAACCCACGAGAAGAAGAAGAAGAAUCGCUUGAGCGUCAUGUUUGGCAAGCUCAAAGCCAAGCUGAAGUAG